AUGGCAAGAAAUCGUAAACGUUCUACAAUGAAAAGAGAAAAUAAAAGGCACGAUGAAAGUCAGAAAGCAAAAGGCAAAACAAAAGGGAAGCCGGUGGCCAAGAAAUGUGAGAGUGAAACUGAUUGGUUCUCCUACCCCAGCAAUGAUAAUCUAACCGUCUUAAAUAUGAUAAUCUCAUCUAGAAAGUCAAAUUGCAAUAACGCCAAAGUUAUUGCAGAACUUAAAAAAUAUUACGAUAAGAUAAAUCACAGUGACUUUAUAGAACUAUUUCGUCAAUCUUUAAAUAUGUUUCUUAUACAUGAACAGGUGAACAAGACUGUGCUACGAAUUAUGCUGAGCUUGAUAAGUAGAAACAUCAUAGAUUCAGUAGUUUAUCGAAUGAUAACAACUUUCUUAAAAGAUACUUCACCGCUUGUCCGUCAAAAUGCCCUUAAGGCGUUACAACGUCUACAGUUCCCAGACAAUCCUAAUGAUAAAGUAACAAAAGCUUAUCUCCUUCAUAUGGAAUCAGAUCCAGUAGCAAAAAUUGCCGAUCGUAUUAAGAUUCUAACAACAGGUCUAAAUGAUAGUUCUAAAACGGUAAAGAAAACUUUUCACAACGUUAUUCUUACUAACUGGAUUGCUUCAUACAAUUACAAUUACGUUGAUUUCACAAAAGCUCUUAAAACUAAUUCAAGUAAUGAAAGAUUGUUAAAAUUUCGAUCUUUAGCAGAAGACGCUUUGUCAAUUGUAUUUACGUGA